GACUGGAAGAGGAGGAAGAGGAGGAAGAGGAGGAGAUGGCUGUGCAUGUAUUCAAAUGCCUGCGCCGACCUGAGCGCUAGAAACAACCAACAGGGCCGUGAAGAGUUUCCACAGGGGAGUUAUGGAAUAUGAGGAUCCAGACGUGCCCCCCGCUGACACCCCUUUCAAGAGAGGAGGAGCCUUGUCCAAGAAGACUCAUUUGACCCAGAUUGAAGCGAUCCCGUGCAAAAUCUGCGGCGACAAGUCCUCUGGCGUGCAUUAUGGAGUCAUCACCUGCGAGGGCUGCAAGGGUUUCUUCAGGCGCAGCCAGCUGCCCACUGUGUCCUAUUCCUGCUCCAGGCAGAGUAACUGUCAGAUCGACCGGGCCAGUCGCAACCGCUGCCAACACUGCCGUCUGCAGAAGUGCUUGGCACAGGGCAUGAGCAGAGAUGCCGUGAAGUUUGGAAGGAUGUCCAAACGUCAGCGGGACUCUCUGAACGCCGAAGUGGAGAAGCACCGGCAGCACCAGCUGCAUCAGCAGCAGCUUCAGGGAGACGUCCAGUCUGUGUUGUCCUUCCCCACCAAAGCCAGGCAAGACCGCUCCCCCCAGCUCCUCCAGCCCAUGGUUCAGGCCUACUCUGUCAAUGGUGAGGCUGAGCUGCUGUCCUACACCAAUAAUGUUCACCCCUACCUUGUGUACUCUGCCAACGAGUCACAGGUGCCAGGGAUGAUCUACAGAAGCUCUGGUGUCUCUCCCGCACCCAGGUCCCAGGGGAGGGGGGGACAAAACGGACACCCUGACAUAAGAGGGUUUGAAUUGAGACAGCAAUCUCAUGAUCUGACGGCGAUCCAUCCCUACAACCCUCUGGAGGAUUCCUACAGCAUUUAUCCUCACUCUCUGAGAAACAUAGAUGAGCUGUGUGCCAGUAUCGUGCGUUCCCACCGAGAGACCAGCCAGUUCAGAGUGGAGGAGCUGCAGGCUCUCCGAUGGAAGCUGUUCAGUAGAGAGGAGAUCCAAGCCUAUCAGAGCAAAUCAGUGGACGACAUGUGGCAGCAUUGUGCCAUUCGACUGACCGAUGCUGUGCAGUAUGUAGUGGAGUUCGCAAAACACAUCCCAGGUUUCCGUAUGCUCAGCCAGAACGACCAGAUUGCACUUCUCAAGACAGGCUCCAUGGAGGUGGUUCUGGUCAGGAUGUGUCGGUUCUUCAACACAGAGAACAACACUGUCUUCUUCGAUGGGAAAUUUGCUGGAGUUGAGGUCUUCAAGUCUCUGGCGUGUGGUGAUUUGAUCACAGCAGUGUUCGACUUCGCUCAUGACAUGUGUGCUCUGAAGCUCACUGAGCAGCAGAUUGCUCUCUUCAGUGCUCUGGUGCUGAUCAACGCAGACCGUCCAUGUCUGGAGGACAGAGGCAGGGUCCAGCGGGUGCAGAGAAGCGUGGAGUCAGGACUCAGACACAUUCUACGCCGAGACAACCUGGAAGGUCUAUUGCACAAGCUGUACCAGAGGAUGGCAGUGUUGCGUUCGCUGUGCAGUCUUCACAUGGAGAAGCUGCGCUGGUUCAGUCAGCGUUACCCUCUCACUGCUCACUCUCUGUUCCCUCCGCUCUACAAGGAGCUGUUCGCCUCAGAAGCCGAGCUGCUGCCAGGCACCACACACUGAUGCCCCAGUAGCAUAAACCAAACUGACACACACACACACACACACAUGCAUAGACACAUUAUUUUAUCACUUUCUGACAGAGUCUAUUUUUCUAAUAAUGAAAAUAAAUGAGAUGCCCACAGUAAUCAUAGUGUGUUAAAUAUUACAUGAACUCCAGAGCUUUGUUUUGGUAGCUUUUGUCAAACAUACAUUUCAAUAUUUUGACCAGUUUUACUACAUGGGGAAUUUUGUGUUUUGUUGCAACAUUGUCUUUGGGAUACCGGAUUCAUUCUCCCUCAGGAUGUGCUGUUGUGAUUCUGUUCAGUCAAUGUGUGUUGACUGUCCAUGCUUUCAGACUGAUAGAUUCAAAGAGGCAGGACAAUGGCAACAUGGUCCACUGAGACUUAAAGUCCUAGUCCACUCAACAUCUGUCCAACAGCUUUGGAUCAGCAGUAGAUUUGACUCUGAAUGCAAAUUACAAAAAGGAAAUAGCACAAAACAUCA